AUUAGAAUUUUAAAUUUGUGAACGUGUAAUAUGUGCAGUGGUUGCGCGAUGUGCGUUAAAAUAGAAAGAGGAAAAUGAAGAAACGAAACGUUCGAAUGAUGGACGUGUUCAAAGAGAGCAUAAUGUAAACUCCGAUGUUCUUUUAUAUUCACACAACCGGUAACCUUGAUUGAUUUAAUUGCGAUUUAUAGAUUUGGUAAGAAAAAAAAAAUCAUCGGAUCGAACGUGGCGGAAAUUGAAAUGUUUAUUUACGUUGCAAAUUAAAGCAAAACGCUGAGAUGAUUGCGUCUAAGCACUCGAAACUGAGUGGCAAUAAAUAACUCCAGCAGCUUUCAAUAUAUAUAUUUUGACAGUUGUACUGUGCAUACAAGUUCUCUUAUACACGGUUAUUAGAUUUGAUGAGGAAAAUUUAAAAUGGAAAAUUAGGUUUUGUAUUGGUGGAGUGUAGGCAAAUCAUAACGCAUUUGGAGCACUGGCUGUAUGUGUGUAUCCCCUAAUAGAUGAGUACUAUUUAUAACUGAGUGUAACAUGUGCACUGUAUUCGAGUCCACUUCGCGUUAAGACUGGAAGCUUACUGAUAUUUUGUAUGUGAAUUGAUUAAUCCUCGUUAUAUCAUGUCGGAAGUUGCCAAAUGCGCUGUCUGCCAGAAGCCCGCACAGCAGAAAUGCAGUGGAUGCCAUUUGGUGUACUACUGCAGCAAAGAACACCAGAAGGAUAAUUGGAAAUUGCAUAAGAUCGACUGCAAACCGUUUAAAAUCUCUAACGAUCCAAACGUCGGUCGUCACUUGAUAGCAACGAGAAAUCUGAAACCGGGAGAUGUCAUCUUAAAAGAACCUCCGAUUGUCUGGGGCCCUUCUCAAGUUACAAUCCCAGUGUGUCUAGGCUGCGGCAAAGGUCUGAACGCGAAGACCAGCAAGCCGUGUCAGAAAUGCGGAUGGCCUAUGUGCAGUGAAAUCUGCCAGAACUCACCUAGUCACAUCCCAGAAUGUUCAUACACUGUCAAUAGAGGAGAUAAAGUAAAUAUAUCAGUUUUCGAUAUACCAAAUCCCAGUUAUCAAUGCAUCACAGUUUUGAGAUGUUUGCACAGCAAGCAGUUUUUAUCAAAUGUUUGGAAGAAGAUAGAUGCGUUGGAGUCGCAUUGCGAAGCUAGGAAAGGCACCGACAAAUAUGAGCAGGAGAAAAUCACGGUGGUGGCUUUCAUCAAAAGAUUUUUCAAGUUGGAUUCCUUCGAGGAUGAAGAUAUCUUGAGGAUUUGCGGCAUCAUAAUGGUGAACGCUCAUGAAGUACCAUUGACCGAUCCACCGUACGUGGCCAUCUUCAAUACAACAUCGAUGUUCGAGCAUAGCUGUCAUGCGAACUGUUCAAAAACCUUCACAGCUAAUGGUCAUGUACUUAUAACAGCUGGUGUAGACAUCAAGAAAGGAGAACAUCUGAGUAUUUGCUAUACUGAUCCACUUUGGGGUACUGCAAAUAGGAGACAUCACCUGCAGCAAACUAAGUUCUUCUGGUGCUCCUGCUCCAGAUGUCAAGAUGUCACUGAAUUUGGCACUAACUUUAGCGCAUUGAAAUGCCCCAAAAAAGAUUGCAAGGGCUACGCAUUACCUAAAACAUUCAAAGAAGACAACUUGGAGUUGUCAGAUAAAAGUUGGUUUUGUACUACUUGCAAUUACGAAGUCGGCGCCGGCGAGGUGGGCGGUAUCCUGCAGGAUUGCGGAACUAAUUUGAGCGGAAUCAGAAAGGGCAAUUCGAACGCCUGCAAAGUCUUCAUCAGCAAUUCCUUGAAGUUCUUGCAUCCAAAUCAUUACUAUUUAACCGACGUUAAAUUUGCACUUUCGCAACUACUCGGACAAGAAUUCCACGGAGGAUUGCCCAAGAUUUCAGAUGAAGAUCUUCAGUUGAAAAUCGAUAUUUGCCGACAACUCACCGAAUUGGCCAACAAAAUAGCUCCAGCUGAAAACAGGAUAAAAGGGUUGCUGUUGUUCGAACUUCAUGCUGCGAUUAUGGAAUUGGGAAGGAGAAGAGGAAAUUCAGGGACUGAAGAAUCGGGACCCGAUUAUCUCUACACCAAAUUAAUUGAUUCUAAGAAAUAUCUGGUUCAAUCUAUCGAAGCUCUUAAGAACGAAUCCGAGGUGAUGCCGGAAGGACAAAUUUGCAUUCAGGCGAGAAGGAAUUUGAAGGAUAUUGACGUACUCUUAAAGACGGUAUACAAUGCUAUUGGAUCUUCGCCGAUUUAAUAUUCAUUGAUUAUUCAUUGAAACACUAAAUGAAAAAAUAAGUUAUUCCAAGUUAUAACAGCAGUUACAACUAGUGGAUUAUUAUAUAUCGGAACUUGGAAAUUUGGAUAAUAAAUUAUUAAGCACGCUUCUUUAGUAUUAUUACUUUC